AUGGAUGCCCGCGCAUAUCUUUUUAGCCAAGGGUGGCCAGGCCCUGGCAACCCACUUAACCCAACUCGCCGCCCCGGCCCUCAUGGUGGCCUCGGCCUUACCAAACCUAUCCUCAUCUCACGAAAGAAGAACACACACGGACUCGGGAAGAAGACCACUCAUGAUUAUACGAACCAGUGGUGGCUGCGCGGAUUUGAGGCUGCUCUGAAGGGUGUUGGCGAUGAUGGGAGUGCGACGCCUAGUUCUGAUGGAUCUGGCUUUGGCGCGAGUGGGACGAGCGAGUUGUAUCGUUUUUUUGUCAAAGGGGAGGGCCUGGAGGGGACGAUUAAUAGGAUAGUGGGUAAGGAUGUUAAGGGGAAGGAGGAGAUGAGGAGGGUUGGGGGGGAUUCUGUUGGUUCCGGAGAAGGGGGGAAGAAAAGGAAAAGGAAGCAAAGGAAUGAGACAGAGGAUGCUGAGGAGAGGGGAGAAGAGAGAGCGUUAAUGAAGGAAACUAGCCGGAAAAAGAGGAAGAGGGAUGGGGAGCGUCCUUUCGAGGGAGGAAAUGCUGGUGAUGGAGUGGUGGCGGUGGAAUCUAUAGAGAAGAGGAGGCGGAGUAAGAAGGAGAAGAAGGAGAAUGAGAAGGAAAAAGAUCCCACCAAAUUAGAGGGAAUUACAGUGGAUAAGCCUGCAGAUAAAAGGAAACGAAAGAAGUGGGAAAAACUGGGACCUUCGGAGUCCGGUUCUCCUGCAGUUGGAGAAGAAGGGAUUAUUGAAGAGGCUGAUGAGGAUGCCGUGUAUGAUAAGAAUGCACGGAAGAAACAGAAGGAGCAGAAGGAGGAGGCACAGCGGGGAUCACAACGCAUGGAGAAAGAAUCAAGGAAGAACGGGAGGAAAUGUGGGAAGAAAUUCCGUGAUACGAAGUGA